AUGGCAGCCCUGGCGGCUGGAGUAUCUAAGCAACGUGCAGCUGCUGAAGGUCUUGGCUCUAACCAGAAUGCUGUGAAGUAUCUGGGCCAGGACUUUGAGACCCUGAGAAAGCAAUGCUUGAACUCAGGGGUCCUAUUUAAAGACCCAGAAUUUCCAGCAUGUCCAUCAGCUUUGGGCUACAGGGAUCUUGGACCAGGCUCUCCAGAAACUCGAGGCAUCAUAUGGAAGCGACCUACGGAAUUGUGUCCCAACCCUCAGUUUAUCGUUGGCGGAGCCACACGCACAGACAUCCGCCAAGGGGGUCUUGGAGACUGUUGGCUUCUGGCAGCCAUUGCCUCUCUCACCUUGAAUGAAAAGCUGCUUUACCGAGUGGUUCCCAGGGACCAGAGCUUCCAGAAGAACUAUGCGGGCAUUUUUCAUUUCCAGUUCUGGCAGUAUGGCGAGUGGGUGGAGGUGGUCAUUGAUGACCGGCUCCCCACCAAGAAUGGACAGCUGCUCUUUCUACACUCCGAGGAAGGCAAUGAGUUCUGGAGUGCUCUGCUGGAGAAAGCCUACGCGAAGCUCAAUGGUUCUUAUGAGGCUCUUGCUGGAGGCUCCACAAUUGAGGGGUUUGAGGAUUUCACAGGUGGCAUCUCCGAGUUUUAUGACUUGAGGAAACCUCCGGGCAAUCUCUACUACAUCAUCCAGAAGGCCCUCCGCAAAGGCUCUCUGCUGGGCUGCUCCAUUGAUGUCUCAAACGCAGCUGAAGCCGAAGCCACCACCAGGCAAAAGCUGGUUAAGGGUCACGCAUACUCUGUGACUGGAGUGGAAGAGGUGGAUUUCCGUGGCCGCCCAGAGAAGCUGAUCAGGUUGAGGAACCCGUGGGGUGAAGUGGAGUGGUCGGGAGCCUGGAGUGAUGAUGCACCUGAGUGGAAUUACAUAGAUUCACGGAAGAAGGAAGAGCUGGACAAGAGAGCAGAAGAUGGCGAGUUCUGGAUGUCCUUUGGGGAUUUCUUGAAGCAGUUCUCCCGACUGGAGAUAUGCAACCUGUCCCCGGACUCUCUGAGCAGUGAGGAGAUACACAAAUGGAACCUGGUACUCUUCAACGGCCGCUGGACACGGGGUUCUACAGCUGGGGGCUGCCAGAACUUCCCAGCCACUUACUGGACCAACCCCCAGUUUAAAAUCCAUUUGGACGAGGUGGAUGAGGACCAGGAGGAGGGCACCAGUGAACCCCGCUGUACCGUGCUGCUGGGUCUGAUGCAGAAGAAUCGCAGACGUCAAAAAAGGAUCGGCCAGGGCAUGCUCAGCAUAGGCUAUGCCGUCUACCAGAUUCCCAAGGAGCUGGAGAGCCACACGGAUGCACACCUGGGCCGGGACUUCUUCCUGAGCCACCAGCCCUCUACCUGCUCCAGCACCUACGUGAACCUUCGAGAGGUGUCCAGCAGGGUCCAACUCCCCCCAGGACAGUACCUGGUGGUGCCAUCCACCUUCGAGCCCUUCAAGGAUGGUGACUUCUGCUUGAGGGUGUUCUCGGAGAAGAAGGCCCAGGCUCUGGAAAUUGGGGACGCUGUGGAUGGAAACCCACACGAGCCACAGCCCUGUGACAUGGAUAAGGAGGAGGAGCGUUUCCGGAGCCUGUUUGAGGAGUUUGUGGACAAGGAUUCUGAGAUCCGUGCUCAUCAGCUCAAGAGGGUCCUGAAUGGAGUGCUUUCUAAACGAACAGACAUGAAAUUUGACGGAUUCAGCAUCAACACUUGCAGAGAAAUGAUCGGCCUGCUGGAUGGUGACGGGACAGGAAGCCUGCAACCCAUGGAGUUCAGGACUCUCUGGCUGAAGAUCUGCAAGUACCUGGAGAUCUUCCGAGAAAUGGACCACAACCAUGCAGGGACCAUUGAUGCCCAUGAGAUGAGGACAGCUCUCAGGAAAGCAGGUUUCACCCUCAACAACCAGGUGCAGCAGACCAUCGCCAUGCGGUAUGCAUGCAGCAAGUGGCAUUGACUUGGCAUUGACUUUGAUGGCUUUGUGGCUUGUAUGAUCCGCCUGGAGACCCUGUUCAAACUGUUCAAGCUUUUGGACAAGGACCAGAAUGGCAUCAUUCAGCUCUCCCUGGCUGAGUGGCUGUGCUGUGCGCUGGUCUGA